AGUCUCUGGUUGUCUUGUGGCGCAGGCGCCUACUACCUCGUAAGCUGAACUCCACUCCGUAACUACAGCGGGUGUUUUCGCGACUGCAUGAUUGCACCCUAAAAAUGGCCGGAAUACGGCCUGAGGCUAGCCUUGGCUAUGCGUACCACAUGCCCACGGCAGGUUUGUGUCUCAGGGUGCGCAGUGCCCUGUCCCAGUUCAGCGACCUGUUCAGCGAGUUCAACAAAUACAUCGCUCCUGCGUAUCACCACGACCGCUGUGAAAGAUCCGUGCAGAUGCGACUCUACACGAUGCACAAGAGGGAGUUCGUCAUGGUUUUCGUCGCGUUUUUCGCAAUAUUUGGCCUUGGCGUGUUUAUCGGAAUUGCAGGUCCUCCAAUAACGCACACGACCGUCCAGCGAUCGGGCCAACUUCUCCCUAAAGUCAACAACAGUGACAUAAGCAGAGGACCCUUUGUGAUGCGCACACCUGCCCUCACCACGUACUGUCAGCAGCUGUGGGUCAUUGCCAAAAUGAAAACCGCAAACAAAGACGACGAGACCUACGACAAGCGCUUUCACAUGAGUGUCACAAUAGAAGGGAUCACUGCUGAUCACAAGCCGUUGACCGUUCUCCGAGAAGAUCAAGCGCACAAUAGAACAAGACACGUUCAUUGCCAGCGAGAGGAGUGUGACGAUUUCAUAGUUUUACAUCUCGGAUUCCUUGACUACACGCAUUACAUUUUGACAGUCCACCUAUACGGACUCGAAAGUUUUCAUCAAAGAUACAACAUCAAGGAAGUCCUCUUUUACUUCAAAACAUACAACCCUGACUUUACACAAUUGGAAUUGUGGUUCAGAAUAAUCUUUCUUUUGAUGACAUUCGUAACAGCCUGUUGGUUUGCCCACGCUCUUCGGAAGUACACAGUUUACGACUGGUCGAUUGAGCAGAAAUGGAUGUCAGUGUUACUUCCUCUCCUCCUCCUUUACAACGAUCCGAUAUUUCCAAUGACAUUUUUGUUCAACUCGUCCGUUCCUGGGGCACUGGACGCUAUUUUUCAAGCUACCUUCCUUUGUGCCUUACUUUUAUUCUGGCUGUGCAUUUACCACGGAUUGAGACAGAACGAAAGAAACAUUCUGACUUUCUACCUGCCAAAAGUAUUGAUAGUUGGUAUGUUAUGGCUGUCUGCUGUAGUCAUGGCUAUUUGGCAAAAAUACAAUGAGCUGCAGGACCCCACAUACAGCUACAAGAUCGACACUGAUAACUUCUAUAAUUUCAAGAUAUUCUUCUUUGUUGUUGGAGGAUUAUACCUGGUUUACCUCUUCUUCUUGAUUUUACGAGCGUACACAGAUCUCAGAGCAAUGCCGUUUUUUGAUAUGCGAUUGAAGUUUUUGACGCUGCUCAUGCUAAUUGUGCUGAGUCUGAGCAUCAUGAUUACUGUCCUCCGUUUUGGAGUCGGAAUAUUGGAAGAUAACUUUGUAGCUGAACUCUCAACAACCUACAAAAAUUCGGCCGAGUUCAUGUCUUUUUAUGGACUGCUAAACUUUUAUCUUUACACGAUGGCCUAUGUGUACGCUCCUUCAGAAAAUAACAUAUUCGGUAAAAAAUUAAUUAUACGCGUUGAGCGAGAUUUGAUUAAUAUCUCUCAAUUAGAAACCAGUAUUACGAAAGACAACCCUGCUUUCUCCAUGAUCAAUGACAGCGACGAAGAUGUAGUGUACGGGUCUGACGAGGAAUGCAGGCAGCCUCUUACAAGAAGCCAUGACGACGAUAGUGACUGAAUAAACCGAACAUCGUCGUCCCCGUGAAAGGCGUUACGUUAUUAAUCAAUGUGAUAUAUGUCAUUUUUAUGUGCUGAUUAUAUGGAAAAUUGACAGAUGCGCAUUUGUCCAAAACACCCUUGCGUAGAUUUAUUUUCAACAUUGAAAUAUCAGGAUUUUUAUAAAAAUACAUCACCCGGAUAUAAUAACAAGUGAAUAGAUUUGAAUUUGUUAUUUAACAACACGCAUAGAGGUCUGAGCCAGCAGUCUAUUUUCCCCGAUUAAUUUUUGCGUUGUAUUGGAUUUGAGCAGAUAAAGGCUCAACUUAAUUAACAGCUACCAUGGCUUAUUAAAAUUAGAGCAGCUCAGACUUCAUAUUAUGAGGCAAGGUUGAACUAAAAUUUCAAGAACUUCAAAUAUUGUUGUGAAACAUAGUAACAUGUACUCAUGCAAUUCCACUAAGAAUGUUGAAACGGAUUGGUAACUUUGUGAUGUUAAAGCCACUGACUGAAAUUUGUUUUUCCAUUGAAUCACAUCAUCAUCUUUUGACACAACCGAGUUUGAACUAACAAUUAUCAACACACAUUGCUAGUCAAAUGCUAGAAUUUUUGGUUUCCAGCUGAAACAUAAUUGUUAUCAUAACCACUGUCUGUGUGUUCUGGAUGAGAUCAUUGCAUAAUCUCGAAACUAUCAUAAUUAUUGUAAGAGAAUGAUGUAUAUUAUUUAAAUUUAGGUGUUAAAAACGUGAAUAAAAUAAUCGACACAGGCGAGAGUAGCCUGGUUAUGGAUACAAA